UAACCGGGCGGAAGUGGCGCCGUGAAUCAGUGCUUCCGCGGUGUUUUACAAAUUUACCACAAUGACGCCCAUUGCGGUGCUUCUGGCACUCUGUCUUGCGGGAUGCUGUAUGCAGUCAGUUAUCGGGGCAAAUCAAUAUAGUAGAAAAUUCGAUAUCAACUACGAGAACAAUACCUUCACAAAAGAUGGCCAGCCGUUUCAGUUUAUCUCGGGUUCAUUUCACUACUUUCGUGCUCUGCCACAAUCCUGGCGACACAUCCUGCGUUCGAUGAGGGCCGCAGGCUUGAAUACGGUCAUGACCUACAUCGAAUGGUCGCUGCACGAGCCGAUGCCUGGGCAGUAUAGCUGGGAUGGCAUUGCCAAUUUGGAAAAGUUCAUUGAAACGGCACGAUCCGAGGACCUGUUCGUCAUCCUGCGCCCUGGACCUUAUAUUUGCGCCGAGCGGGAUAUGGGAGGAUUCCCCCAUUGGCUCCUCACCAAGUAUCCAGCUAUUAAGUUGCGAACAUACGACAUAGACUAUUUGAGGGAAGUGCAAAACUGGUACAACCAGCUAAUGCCACGUAUCAGCCGCCAUCUUUACGGUAAUGGCGGUCCAGUGAUCAUGGUUUCGAUCGAGAACGAGUAUGGUUCCUUCAGUGCUUGCGAUCAACAGUAUAUGCAGUUUAUGAAGAAUAUUACCGAACAUUUUGUGCGGGAUAAAGCAGUAAUGUUUACCAAUGAUGGCCCGGAACUUUUGCGCUGCGGAUCCAUACCGGGCAUACUACCAACGUUGGAUUUCGGUUCAACGAACGACCCGAACGUGUUUUGGAGAAGAUUGCGGAAGUUUCUACCCAAAGGACCAUUGGUGAAUGCUGAGUUUUACCCAGGGUGGCUUACGCACUGGAUGGAACCGAUGGCACGGGUGGAAAGCGCACCGGUAAUCAAUACGCUGCGUUUGAUGCUGAACCAAAAGGUCAACGUCAAUUUUUACAUGUUCUUCGGUGGCACCAACUUCGGGUUUACAGCCGGUGCGAAUGACAUUGGUCCCGGUAAGUACGGUGCGGAUAUAACGUCGUACGAUUACGAUGCUCCGCUAGACGAGGCAGGUGAUCCCACGGAAAAGUAUUUCGAAAUCCGCAAAGUAUUAAUCGAGCACUUCGGAGACCCAGGGGUACCGGCUCCAGCACCGCUACCAAAGAUGUCCCUCGAUACGGUAUGGUUAGAGCGGCGUGGAUCCAUCCUAUCGAAACAUGGACGCACGAUGUUAUCCACUAGUGUGAUCACCGAAGUGCAACCUAUUACCUUCGAAGCUUUAAACCAACAUUCUGGAUUAGUGUUGUACGAGACAACUUUGCCAUCCACCCUCAAUCGCGAUCCUUACACACUCACAAUCGAUCAAGUUCACGAUCGUGCCUAUGUACAUGUGGAUGAUGUGUUCUAUGGUAUUCUAUCACGAGAGACCAAUGUCCAUUCCAUUCCGCUCAGCAUCGGAUCGGGCAAUAGAUUGCAGAUACUGGUGGAAAACCAGGGUCGCAUUAAUUACAACAUUCCCAACGAUUUCAAGGGCAUCUUGGGAUCGGUAACGAUCGAAGGCACGCCAUUAUACAACUGGACCAUAACCACCUAUCCAUUGGAUAACUAUCAGUAUAUGGAAAAUUUCAUUAACCACCGGCCACCGGCUGAUGAGGAAGAGGCCGAUGAUUUGACUGCUGCCGGGGCCCAGGUCUACUAUGGCACAUUCGUGAUCAAUAGGGAUGCGAUCCACGACACCUACCUUUACACACAUGUGUGGGGCAAAGGGUUGGCGUUUAUCAAUGGCUUUAACCUUGGCCGUUACUGGCCGCUGGCGGGACCCCAACUGACGCUCUACGUCCCCAGGCAUAUACUGAAGAAGGGAAUCAACAAAAUUGUGUUGAUCGAGUACCAACAGCGCGUUCAGCAGCCUUACGUCCAGUUUAUCGAUAAGCCAAUAUUUAACUGAUGCAUACGAAAAGAUGUUUAGCAGGAAGAAAUGCAUGUUUGAAUGAAAGAUUACGGCAGGAUGGAAAUAUAUGAUAAGCUAAAAGAAAAACAUUUGAAAUCCAGUUAUACAAAUAAAUUUACCUU